GACGGCCUGCCCAGAGCACUGGCCAUGGAGCCGCAGAAAGAGGCGCGAACACCCCCGGACCUCAUCGUGAGGCCGUCAGGGGCCUUGAGGUCUCAGACGCUUAGUGAGAAGGAGCGGCAGGAGGGCGGUGCAUCGCUGGUAGCGUCCACCUGGGGCGCAGAGGCCGAUAGCGCGAGUGCGGAUGGCCUGUGGGAGUUGCCUGUGGAGCCGGCUGAGCGGAGGCCGGAGUGCAGCCGCUGCAGCCGACCUCAGAAAGUAUGUUUGUGUCCAUUUCUACCAGUACACCCUCUGCACAUCUCUACCCAUUUGUACAUAAUUCAGCAUCCAGCAGAGGAAAACAAAGUGUUGCGGACAGUUCCUCUCCUAGCAGCAUGCCUCCCCCAGGACAAGUGUAAAGUAAAGAUUGGUCGUCGCUUUAGUGAAGAAAGAGAUGUUGAACUUUCAACUGUCUGCCGGAAGUCUAGUACAUUAAUAUUAUAUCCAGGGGCUGAAGCUACAGAUUUGGAAGAAUUUAUAUUAGAUUCUCCUGUUUAUCCUUCUACAAUCAUCAUCAUUGAUGGUACAUGGAGCCAGGCUAAGGAUAUUUUCUAUAAAAAUUCCUUGUUCCGACUUCCUAAACAGGUGCAGUUAAAAACGAACAUUUCCAGUCAGUAUGUCAUUCGGAUGCAGCCAACCAAUAGAUGCCUUUCUACACUGGAAUGUGCUGCUGUUGCUCUUUCCAUCUUGGAGAAAAAUAAUCACAUACAGGAGACUUUGCUUCGUCCUCUUCAAGCUUUAUGCUCUUUCCAACUUCAGCAUGGUGCUCAAAUUCGCCUCAGCAAGGAAUAUCUUCUGAAAAAUGGAUUAUAUCCCAAGCCAAUGCCAAGGAACAAACGCAAACUCAGGAAAAUGGAACUGUUAAUGAAUAGUGUUAAAAUUUAGUACAAAUUGUUCUUAUGGUGCUAGAUUACCUGACUUUACCAGGCAAUACCAUGUUAUGUUUUGAUACAAUUUAGGCCUGUGUGUUUCUAACUGUAAAGAAUGAAGAUUGCUAUUAAUCUUGUUGGAAAGAAGGAAGUAAAGCAAAUAGCCAUAAAAACAACAUAAAAAAAUUUUCACUGACUCUGAAAAGCAAAAUUUCAUACUGUAUUUGUUUAAAAAAAUGUGCCUCUACUACAUUUUUUAAAUCCAAAUUUAAAAUAUGACUAGUUAUAGAACUAGGCUUCGAAGUCCUCAUUUUUAAAGUGGAAGAAAUUGUGCCUAAUUGAAACAGUAUUGUUCCAUUAAUAUUUCUGGGUAACUAGGUGUAGGCCAAUAAUGGAAUGCAUCCUGUACAAGGCAAAAGAAAGUAAUUAUAAUCAA